GCUUCCCGCCCGGGGGGAGCGCCCGCACCGCCGCCAGGCCGCCGCAGAAGGCCUGUUCAGAAGGCGGGCACGGACUAUGGUGUUACAGAAGCGCGUUUGCCUUGCUUGACUGGCUCCCCCCGAGAUGCUGCUGCAAAAAAGCGUUGAGGGAAGGCGUUUUGGGAAAGAACAAGCCGACUGCCCAGAACUUUAACGAUAUUCAGUUUUUCCCCCUCUGAGACUGCACGUCCCUUUGUACAGCGAGAGGUGGGCUGUCACAGCCCCUUCCUCAGGUAGAGCACGCAGACAGAAAGUUAAAAACCUCUGAGACGGUGGUCUGAACAAAGCUGCUCCCUUCCACGAGAUGCUGGAGAGCUCUUCAGUCCUUUUGUUCAUUGUCUUCGUCCUGCUUUUCGUUUUCCUGCUCUUUGUGGUGCUCAUCAGGAAAAACGGCACUGCUGCCCUUAUCUGGAAUGAAAUAAUCCGGGAGAAAAUAACCAAUUUCAUCAUGAAUCAGAGCAAAGAACAGAGGAUUUUAAAUUUCGUGCUGCAGAAUGCAGUCCGAGGAGACCCCUGUAGUGUGCUGGACGCUAUAGAUAAGUACUGCUCCCAGAAAGAGUGGGCCAUGAAUGUGGGCGAUGAGAAAGGUUUGAUUCUAGACAAGACAGUGGAAGAGGCCAAUCCGUCAGUUGCACUGGAGCUGGGAACAUACUGUGGCUACUCAUCAGUUAGGAUUGCUCGGCUACUGAAGGCUGGAGCUCAGCUUCUCACUGUGGAGUUCAACCCAGAAUUUGCUGCUAUAGCUAAACAGGUGAUUGAGUUUGCAGGAGUACGAGAUAAGGUAAAACUCCUAGAAGGCCCUUCAGAGGAAAUUAUCCCCCAGCUGAAGAAAAAACAUGAAGUGGAUACUCUGGAUUUUGUCUUCCUGGACCACUGGAAAGACAGAUACGCACCAGACACCAUCCUGCUUCAGGAAUGCAAUUUGCUGAGGAAGGGCUCAGUUCUUCUGGCUGACAAUAUCAUCUUCCCAGGAGCUCCAGAAUUCCUUAAGUAUAUCCGCAACAACCCCCGUUUCCAAUGCACUAACUACCCAUCUCAUCUGGAAUACAUGAAAGUGGAGGAUGCUAUGGAAAAGGCGGUGUUUUUGGGAUAAAGAGAGCCAUUAAUGCUCAACCUUUGUUUCAAACAAUGUAAAUGCAACUGCACAGGUUAACUUGUCCAUGCUUUAAAUUUUGGGGGUUUUGUAUUUUGGAGCCUGUAAUUAAAGCAAGUGCUAGUGGAGAUCA